UUCUUAACCAACAGGGAGAAGUUCUAAAGUUUUUGCAAUCUGCCGCUAUUCGGUCACCGUCUGGUUUUUUGAACACAGUUUCGUCUUCUGUUGUAUCUCUAGUUUAGUGUUCCAAAGCACCACCUUCUGUGGCACCUGUCACUACUGUCAUAAGAACGGUCAUAGAAUUAGCGAUUGCCGUAAACGUCUUGCCAGAGAAACCAAGCUGGCUAGUAUAGCAUAAUUUAUUUUAUGGCAUUUUUCAAGCGAUGUUCGUUAGGUUGUUGAAUGGUGCAUUCACAAGCUGGCUCUGUCACGGUAUGCUGAUGUGCGUGCUCGUAAAUACAAUGGAGGCAACAAGAGAAAGUUGACUGCAGCAAUUGCACUCAUUGGACAACCUGCUGUUGUGUUCAUGAAUAAACCAACCACUGGAAUGAACCCAAAGUCCAGACGUUUCUUGUGGUCUGUAAUCAACAGUCUAGUUCAGGACGGACGAUCGAUCGUUCUGUCAUCACACAGUCGACUUAGCAAUCAGCUUUGUUAUAACGUUUCUGCAGUAUGGAAGAGUGUGAAGCAAUUUGCACUCGAAUUGGAAUCAUGGUCAAUGGGAAACUGAAAAGCUUGAAAAGUUCUCUUCACCUGCAGAACAAAUUCGGAGAUGGUUACGUUGUGGCUGUUCGUGUCGCUGGUUCUCGCCCUAAUCUUGAGCCAACAAAGACAUACUUCAGUAGAUCAUUUCCAGGAGCUGAUUUGAAGGAGGAGCAUCAUAAAAUGCUGAAAUACCAGUUACCCUCCAGUUUGUCUCAACUACCAAGCAUCUUUAGUCAACUGGAACGUAGCAGGAAAGAUCUGCAGAUUGUGGAGUACUCCGUAUCACAGACUACGUUGGAUAGAGCGUCCGUUCCCAGUGAGGUGUUUCUUCACUUUGCAAAGCAGCAAUGCAGCUUUGCUGGGGUUUCUUCAGCUUCAAAGAGUACGUCUUUAAGAUCUAAAUUUGGCGCUUUUUAUACUGCUCGAAAACAGCAAGUAACUCUUGCAGAAAUCAGUGAAGAUCUUAAAUCUGUACAUUUGCUGCAGCAAGAAUCAGAGGAAGAGAUAACAUAAUAGGAUCUGAAGUUCUUGAUAGUAUUAGAGUCAAACUGCAAGAUAUUACAGGACAUGAAUUUAGAUGCUGAUUUAAUUACAAUGAACAGUUUGGUGAAGCUCAUUGUUGAUAUUACUUGCUCUUUUUUGAAAACGUUUGUAAACGGAAGACGAAGUUUG